GUUCUUUUAAACUUACAAUCAUUUUCCCUCAUGAGUAUUGAAACUAAAACUUCGUUCGCUCGUAGUACUGGUUCCAGCUCUAACCGUGAAGAAAAUAUUAACGAUGACCGUGGUCCUGAUGGAGUAAAGCCUAAACCACAGUUUAGGGAUGAAUGUUUCAGGAAGAUGGAUUUAAUGAUUGAAUUUACAAACCUUCGUAACCCAAAUCAUUGUCCAAGUGGAGUUUAUGUUAUGCCUUCUGGAGAUAAUUUUCAUACUUGGUAUGGAGUCUUAUUUGUUCACAAAGGAUAUUAUAAAAAUGGGGUCUUUAAGUUUAAACUUGAAAUACCUUCUGAUUACCCAGAGCGUCCACCUGCAGUGAAAUUUAUUUUUAAUUUAAUAAAUAAUAAUGGUUUAUUCCAUCCACUUGUUGAUCCAGAUACUGGAAGUUUUUCUUUAUCCCAACAAUUUAAUGAUUGGGCUCCACACAAAUAUUAUAUUUUCCAUGUGCUUCAUUAUAUAAAAAAAUCUUUCAAGAAAGGUGUCUUGGAUAAUCUAUUAGAAAAGCAUUGUUUUAAUAAGCAAGCUUUUACAACAUAUCAUAAUGAGACACGUACAUUUGCAGUAAUGGCAAAACAAUGUGCGGAUUUAUCAAUUUCACAGACUGUUCUUUAUGAUAAUAACAUAGAAGCUAAUCCGAUCCAAUUCUCGGUCUUGGAGGAUGAUAAACUUGAAGAAUUGAAGGCUUUUAUCAGACCACCGCCCACCGAAAGGGAAAGAUUACCAUAUUCUUCUCGUAGAACUUAUUCUGCAUCUUCUACUAUAACACCUUCUUCUUUAACAUAGAUUUAUGUAUAGUUUUUUAUUUACCUUUUUUUUGUUGAUAAGUACUCAUUAUUUAAAAUUUUCAUAACUUUGUAAUUUUAUGGGGCCGCAUUAUGGCGUAUUAUUAUGGGAAUGUGAAUAGAACAAUUUUUUUUAGUUUUCGUCUAUUUGUUUAUUUUUUGAUUAUAUGAUGUAUUUUCAAUAAUAAAAGUUCCUUUCAAUUCUCUGAUCUUAACAAUUUAAUUUUU